AUUCAGCGUCGGCUUGAAAGAAGCGGCUCGUGGAGUUUGCAGGCAGCUUCAGGUUGCUGAAUCAUUGGGAUUGCUGAUAGGAGGAUGGACUCUCUGUAUGGGCCUGUCGCUUUGGGUAUACUGGCAGGUGUAGGCUGUGGGCUCUGCCUCGGAUGGCACCUCAGUGGGCGUUUGGGCAGAUCGUCCCGCAGCAUGAUGGCAGCUUUAGGAAACAGCGCCGGUGCUGGCAGCGAGGCCAGUGUGAUGGGUGAGAGCGGAGAGUUCAAAAUGAUCCUGGUGGUCCGAACCGAUCUGAAGAUGGGCAAAGGUAAAGUGGCAGCCCAGUGCUCCCAUGCCGCUGUGUCCGCCUUCAAGCAGGUCCAGCGCAGAAACCCAGAGCUCCUGAAACAGUGGGAGUACUGCGGUCAGCCCAAAGUGGUGGUCAAGGCUCCAGAUGAGGACUGUCUGCUGGAGCUGCUGUCCCACGCCAAAGAGGUCGGACUGCCGGUCAGUUUAAUCCAAGAUGCUGGAAGAACCCAAAUUGCACCAGGGUCUCGGACGGUUCUUGGCGUGGGACCAGGACUAGCUGAUCUUAUUGAUAAAGUGACUGGACACCUAAAAUUGUAUUGAAUAACACUAUUGGAUUAUGAUGCGACUAAACUUAUCAUUUUUCUACAACUACAAAGAGUGGUGAAGAUGAAUUAAAAGGGUUAAUGACACAUUGAUUUAUAGGUUUAACCAUUUAUUUUAAGUAAACAGUGCACUCAUUCCGUCACUGAACAGGAGUCAAUUUUGUGUCAUAAGUCUUAUGCACAGGAAAAUUUUAUUUUGGGGAAUCUCAUUUCUAUCAUAUUUCAGUCUCCCCCCUCAUACCCAAUGGAAUAAAUGACUUCUGUUUGUUUAACUUUGACGCAAAAAAAAAAUCACCUCGUUCCUUUUUCAAUCGCGCAGCAAAGCUUGUAUAAUCAAUUCUGUGAACAUUUAGAUUUAAAACACUGGAUUGAUGUCAAACUGGCUUCUUAAGUAUUAGAUUCUGAUUCUGAACAUAGUUUUAUUUACACGAGUGAUAAAGCCACAAAUUCCCACCGUAGAGCUUCAUUUAUGUUCUGAAUGUCUGAAAGUGUCCAGUGAGUAUGGAGGAGAAAUUACAAAGUGUGUUGGGAAAAAAAAUACAUGGCACAUGAAGCUAUGUUUAGACCAGAUUUUUCUUGACAAACAAGAAGCCUUUAUUUAUAUGAUAAUCUGGGGGG